UUUAUAAAUGUGCAAACAUUUCUAAAAACCAGUUUUUUUUUUCUUCAAAUAAGGCUGUAACAUAGCAAAAUGUGGAAAAAGUCAAGGGGUCUGAAUACUUUCCGAAUGCUCUGUAUACUCAGAAGUGGUAGAUGGGAUGCAUGCCUCCUGAGUCUGACUAGGGCCCCACUUCUUCCUCUUCUCCUGCAUUGGUGUUUUGGUGUAGACCCCGGGAUGAAUAGAGCUGCCUUGGGAAGUUCAAACAAUGGAUCCAGGUCAGCGAAGAUUCAUUUCUGGCGAGUGACCGCAGAUCUAAUAUUUCGGCUGUAGGUAAUAAUACAAUAAAUGCUAUCUGCAAAUAAUGUAAGAAAUAAAACAAUAUAGAAAAAGUUGUCUAGGAGCUAGAAACAGGGUGGCCAUGUAUGUCAGUGCCAUCGUAAGUCAGUGUGGAUAGUCUGUGGGAAUGUUAGCCAUUUAUCAAACCUGCAUAUACCACACAACCUUGUCAGUAAUAAGAAUUGGGAAACUUGUUUAGUGCAAUGAUGUAUUGAUAGGAAGUAUCAUAUGGGGUUUAGCAUAAACAACAAAAAUAAUAUUUCAAUAAAAUCAACAACAAAUGAAUAGUCCUGUCAGAGUUAGCAUGUCAAUUAGGAAACCGUAGUCCUAUUAGAACCUGUUGUUGAGCCUUUAAGUCCUUGAAUGGCUAUUUUACCACCACAACAUUGGUUUGGGCAACGAAAGAGGCCUAAAAUCCCUCGUAGCACACAACAAAAACAUGCUAGCCUUCCCCCACCAUGGACUUGCAGUCGAUUCAAAAUGGCCCCUGUGGCUUGGACACGCCCCACACCGCCCCCAUACCUGCAACCUUAAAGACUUACUUCAUAAUGGUAUUAUGGCCAGGGGAUAGAAGCUGUUUUGGAGCCUGUUGAUCUGAGUCUUGAUGCACCAGUAUCGCCUGCCAGACGGAAGCAUGGAGAACAGUCCAUGUCUCGGGUAGCUGGAGUCUUUGGCAAUUCUUCGGGCCUUUCUCAGACACCUGGCAUGUACGUCCUGGAUAGCUGGAAGCUCACCCCCAGUGAUGCGCUGGGCCGUCCGCACCACCCUCUGUAGGGCUUUCCGGUCGAGGGCAGUACAGUUGCCAUACCAGACGGUAAUACAGCAAGUCAGGAUGCUCUCGCUGGUGCAGCUGUAAAAGGUUGAUGGCGGUGAAUGUAUUCUCCAUCUCUUCGGCUCUGGAGAACCUGAGUCGUCAUGAGAUGCUGUCCUGGGUCAACGACUCUCUACGGCUCACCUACACCAAGAUAGAACAACUGUGUUCAGGUGCAGUGUAUUGUCAGUUCAUGGACAUGUUGUUCCCUGGCUGUGUCCUGCUGAAGAAGGUGAAGUUCGCAGCCCGGCUGGAACAUGAGUUCAUCAACAACUUCAAGGUCCUACAGGCCUCCUUCAAGAGAAUGGGCGUAGACAAGAUCAUCCCAGUAGAGAGGCUGGUGAAGGGGAGGUUUCAGGAUAACUUUGAGUUCAUCCAAUGGUUUAAGAAGUUUUUUGAUGCCAACUACGACGGGAAGGAGUAUGACCCUGUGGCCACACGCCAGGGGCAGGAGGGCGCCCCCUCACCCAACCCAGGCCCCCAGAGGACAUCUCCCACAGUGACCAAGACAGCCCCCUCCAGGCAGAUAAACUCUGCCUCCAUCCGCAGGGCGAUGCCCACUAGAGCAACCAGACCAUCAGACGCUGAGAUCCUAGAACUGAACCAGCAGAUGUUGGAUCUGAAGCUGACGGUGGAUGGUCUGGAGAAAGAGAGAGAUUUCUACUUCAGUAAGCUGAGAGACAUCGAGUUGAUCUGUCAGGAGAAUGAGACCAACGCCAGCCCAACACUCUCCAAGAUCAUGGAUAUACUGUACGCUACUGAGGGCGAGGUUGAGAAAGAGAAUACCUUCUCAGACAACUUACCUGAUCACUAAAGGAUGGCUUCAUGGCGCCAGAGUACGACAAGGUGGAGGCGCCGCCACAGGGAGACCAAGAAGAAUACUAAACACACCUCCUUUCUCUGC